AUGAAGCCACUCAUUGAAGAACUGAUUGAGCAUAUUUGGUCACCCCCGCGAGAUGUCGUGCGGCAGCACAAAAGCAGGAAGCAUCCUGACAAUCUUCAAUAUUACCGUCACUGGGGCUUCACAAUCUACCGCACGCACUAUAGCACGGAGUCUGACAGUCAUUGGAAUAUACUUCUAAGUUCCUUGAAGCAGCAAACUAUGCUCGCAUUUGGAUACUUUGAGGGUAGGAAGAAUGUGGACCAAAGCGACGUGCAACUGCUCAAGAAUCAAUUUCAUCUUGACGCACGCGAAGACGCGUCGCUAUUGGAUGGUCUCGACAUCAAAGGUGUCCGAGAACUAUGUCGCGAUGAGGACUUGGGGGCUGAACGAGCCAUGGCUGGUUACCUCUACGAGUUUGUUUUAGUCGCUGAUGAGUCGGUGUUGAAGGAUAUUGCGAUUGGCGAAUCAGUUGUCAAGGCGGUCUCCUUGAGUUGGUCUGAGGGGUUUUCAGGGUGGGGUUGGAUGAGGAUACCAACAAGCUAUCUUCUGGACCUAUGGAUACUUCUCAGCCGUCAUUCGUUCGGUACGGAGUCAGUUCUCAGCUUCAACGGGCCCGAGAACGAUCUCGAUACCUAUGUGUGGCACGGGGACGUUUCUCUCCCGGGCACAGGAGGGUUCUCUGAACAAACAGGAUAGGCG